AUGUUCUUGUUUGAUCUUGUUCAUUGUUUUAUCUUCUUUGCCAGCAUUGUAGCAGUCUUCUCGGCCUCAUUGCCUAAAGAUUAUGUUCAUCUAAUUGGGUUUCGAAGCAAUCUUCCAGAGCCCUCUCAACAAUUGCUUCCCUGGAAUCAGUCUGUCUCACACUGUCAAUGGAAAGGAGUGACCUGCUAUUCAGACACAACUUCACAUGUCGAAUCACUGAAUUUCAGAGACUUUCUUCUAUCUGGAACCUUAGACAAGGCCUUUCCAAAUCUUUGCCGUCUUCCUCGCUUGGUCACCCUUGAUCUCAGUGGCAAUCAUUUCACUGGUGGCAUCCCCGCUAUGCUCGCUAACUGCAGCCAACUUGACACGAUUCUCCUCAAUGACAACAGGUUUUCAGGAUCCAUCCCACCAGAGAUUUUCAAAUCAAGAAAGCUUUUAUACCUUGAUUUGGGUUACAAUCAGCUCAAAGGCACCAUUCCUUCUGAGGUAGGCCUUUCGACAAGCCUACAAUAUCUUGGGCUGUGGAACAAUUUCCUUAGUGGGAUAAUUCCAAAAGAGCUAUUUGGUUUGCCAAACUUGACAGAUCUCUACAUCCACACAAAUAAUCUAACGGGGCCUCUCCCAGACUUCCCAUCCUCAUGUUCACUUUCCCAGCUUCUUAUUCAUCAGAAUCACUUCUCAGGUUCUUUGCCAAUUUCCCUAGGUAAUUGUCACAACCUUACUGCAUUCUAUGCAACAUCUGCUCAUCUUGGAGGAGUUAUUUCCCCAGAGGUUUUUAGGGGCCUUAAUCUCAACUUUCUCUAUUUAGAUGAUAACAACUUCGAAGGGGAAAUUCCCGAGACCUUAUGGAAUGGGAGCUUACAAGAGUUGGUUCUUUCCAUAAAUAAGUUUAACGGAAGUAUAUCCGAAAAGAUUGGUGAUUGUCAUCAGAUGACUUACAUUGAUUUGUCAGUUAACAGAUUAACUGGUCAGAUUCCCAAGUCAGUUGGACCUCUAACGAAUUUGAACAAGCUUCUUCUAUAUGAUAACAUGCUUAGUGGUUCAUUACCAGCAGUAGUUGGGAACUGCACUUCUCUUGUUGAGAUAAGUCUAGUCAGCAACUUCAUCAGUGGGGAAAUUCCUUCAGAAAUUUGCAACCUUCAAAACCUACAAACAUUUAAUGCAUUCAAAAAUAAAAUUCAGGGCCAAAUUCCAGAAUGCAUUGGCAGAAUAAGCGAGCUGCAGGAGCUAGCUCUUUACGAGAACCAAUUGACCGGCAAGAUACCGCCUGGAAUUACAAAUAUGACGAAACUUGCAUUUCUUUCGUUGGCUCAUAAUAACCUUACGGGGGAGGUACCACCUGAUCUUGGAAAAGAUAAUUCUCCUGGCUUAAUUAAGGUUGAUUUAGGUUAUAAUAACUUCAGUGGACAGGUUCCUUCUGAACUCUGUAAUGGCAACAGGCUUACAGUCCUGGCUCUUGAAAACAACAGUUUUAGUGGCAGCCUCCCAACAUAUCUAGCCAACUGCAAAUCCCUCUAUAGGGUAAAACUUUCCAACAACAAUCUGCAGGGGAGUAUACCUGACGACAUUGAAAAGAAUGAGAACAUUUCUUACUUGGAUGUUCGACAGAAUAUGCUUGUAGGAAGGAUUCCAGCAGCAUUUGGUUACUGGACCAAUCUUUCAAUGAUUGAUCUUUCCGAAAAUAUGUUUAAUGGCUCCAUACCCGCAGAACUUGGAAAGCUUCAGAAUCUUGUAAGACUGAGCAUUUCUUCAAACAGACUGACAGGACAAAUUCCCUUUCAGUUGAAUAACUCUGAAAAACUGGCUGAGUUGGAUCUGAGCAACAACAAUCUUUCAGGAAAUAUUCCGAAAGAAAUUGCAUCAUCUUCAGUAUUGACAAAUCUUCUACUCCAGGACAACAAACUUUCUGGUGCUCUUCCAGACACUUUCUCCUCCUCACAAAAGCUUGUAAAGCUGCAGCUGGGAAACAACUUUCUCGAAGGCCCAAUUCCAUGCAGUCUGAGCAAGCUUAUGCAACCUGGUGCCUAG